AUGGCUCCUCUCCGAAAUGCCCUUCUUGCCUUGAUGGCCACUUCAGCUACCGUUUAUGCUGAGCACCUCAAGGUCGUCUGGUCAUCCGGUGACUUCUCUACCAUCUCCGGUCCAUCUGGCGGUAACACCAACGGCCACUACAGUGGUUUUGCAAUUAUCAACGACGCCGGUGACGCUAUCUACGACCAGGGCUUCCCUGAUGACCAUUCCCCUUGCUACAACACCGGCGACGGCCGCGAAUUCACCAUCGAGGGCGACUGCUGGAGCUCUCCCCGCAAAUUCAAGUGCAAGGCUGACUUUGGGGGUCACCCGGACACCUGUGAGGUUAAGGAUGGUGAUGGAAACAGCCUUGGAAAGGGUGAUGGCCAGACCGAUACAACAUUCAUUGGUAUCUCCAUCGGCCAAGACGCCAGCUGUGUCGUUGAGUUCGAUUCCGACAGUGACGGUUGCCCCAAAGACGAUGGCAACGGCCCUCUGCACGUUACCUCCGGCUAA